UGGCUAAAUCCAUCCGGCUCACGCAAUCGUUACACAAAAGUGUCUGGCCACCCACCACCACCAGAGACAGCCACGUGGGUUGGUUAAACACUGGGCCCCACAGUGUCUUGUGCAACGUUGAUAUAGUUUGGUUGGUGGAGGAGGAGACAAUUGAGAUUUAAUUCGCGGCUGGAUGCUGCCCAGGGGCAGAGUUCACAACAGAAGCAGCCGCUCGUUUUCACGCACUCGAGCUGCGAUCCACGCAGUAUUGGCGCUGCUCUCCUCUCUUUAAACAUUAAUUCUAUAUUUUCUUAAUGUUCUUCUUGCUGCUGCUACUGCUGCAAUAACAAGAGCUGUCUCUCGUCGUCGUCGUCGUUAUUAUAGUACAAGGUCUUUUACGUGCAAUAAAUACGGAGCGCCCCGUUAGCUCGGCACUUUUUUUUGAGUACUGUACUCAACCAAGCCCACAUGGCAACCGCUCAAGAAUGUACCUCCCGGGAGGAAAUGACAAGGUUCUGGAAGGAGCACUCGCAAGAGGCUACACUGGAGCAGAUGAUGCUGGAUUCAAAGGCCUCUACUCUGGCUGAGGAGGAGAAGCCGGAAAUCCUCUCGCUGUUGCCAAACCUGGAUGGAACCGACAUCCUGGAACUGGGAGCUGGCAUUGGACGUUUUACUGGACACCUAGCCAAGAUUGCUAACCACGUGACUGCAGUGGAUUUCAUGGAGACCUUCAUUGCGAAGAACAAGGAAGACAACGGUCAUCGUGAAAACCUGACCUUCCUAAAGGCUGACGUCACUCAGCUGGAUUUUCCAGCCAACAGCUUCGACGUCAUCUUCUCGAACUGGUUGUUUAUGUACUUAACGGAUGAAGAGAUCCUGGUACUCGCCAGAAAGAUGCUUACGUGGCUGCGACCUGGCUGCCAUCUCUUCUUCCGCGAGUCUUGCUUCACCCAGUCUGGCGAUGGUCAUCUAAACUUUAACCCAACCAAGUAUCGUAAACCGGCUGCGUACAACCACCUGUUGCAGCUGGGUAGCCUGCCUGUGCCUAACAAGGAGGACAAGAGUGUAGGCUUUGAGAUUGUAAUGUCCAAGUCGGUCCAGACGUACAUCAAGUUCAAGAACAACAAGAACCAGAUGUGCUGGCUAAUGCAGAAGGUCCAGCGGGACCAGGCUGCCAACUACGGAUUCGCCACCUUUCAGCAGUUUCUGGACACGCAGCAGUACUCGUCCCGUUCCAUUCUUCGCUACGAGAAAAUCUUUGGCCACGGCUUUGUCAGCACAGGUGGCCGCCAGACCACCGAGGAGUUUUUGGCCAUGCUGGGACUGCGACAAGGACAGAAGGUCCUGGACGUUGGCUGUGGCAUUGGAGGGGGUGACUUCUUAAUGUCUAAGAUAUACGGAGUGGAAGUGCUUGGCGUUGAUUUGUCAUCCAACAUGGUGGCGAUAGCCAUGGAGAGAGCUGUGGAAGAAGACGCCCCAUUGGUGCAGUUUGAGAUCAGCGACGCCACCAAGCGCGUGUUUCCAGAAAAUUCGUUCGACGUGGUUUAUAGCCGAGACACCAUCCUCCACAUCGCCGACAAAGUGGGGCUCUUCAAGAGUUUUUAUGCCUGGUUGAAGCCUGGAGGCAAGUUGCUCAUAACCGACUACUGCUGCGGUGCCAAGCCUUGGUCUGGUUUGUUUGAGGCUUACGUGAAGGACCGUGGAUACAUUUUGUACGAAGUCUCUCAGUAUGGCAAGUUCCUGGAGGCGGCAGGGUUUGUGCGUGUGAAGGCGGAGGACAGAACAAACCACUUCGUAGAGGUGGCCAAAGAAGAGGUGGCUCGCACAGAGCUCGUCAAGGACGAGUUUGUGAAGGAAUUCUCACAAGAUGACUACGACUACAUCGUCAAGGGCUGGCAGGAGAAACUCUACCGGUGUGAGCUGGGCGACCAAAAGUGGGGCCUGUUCUAUGCCGAGAAGGCCACCGACCCCGCCUGCUAUUGAAUAUAAAAAAGUGCCUUUUUGCAGGAGCACACACGUGCACUCCCUCUCGUUGAAUAUUGAUGUGUGCAGCGUUCGCAAAAGAAAACUAGGCUUGUUGUUUUGCAUCCGCUUUGCAUUUCUAAGUAGAGUUAAUUCAAUCUUGAUUUGAAGCUUUCGUGACUGCAGAGUAUAGAGUUAAUUCGUUUAAUGAACCCGUACAUCCCAAGAGUGGAUAUCGUAGCGUUAAUUUGAACAGGACGGUUUUGAUUCCUUUGGUACUAAUUUUACUUUAUACCCAGUGUUAUAAAAUACAAACGGAUUGAAAGUAAUUUCAUUGCUGGUUGAAGACCUGUCCAGGUGCAAUAUUUAAUUUAGUAUUUUGGAUAAAAUGUGGCACACCAUGAAAAUGUUUAGUUUCUUUAAAAAUAAUUGUAUCUUUUACCUAUUGAUGUAUUAACAUUUCCAUUGUUUAAAAAGCAAUAUUUGCUUUUUCAAUACAAUCAGAAUUACUAUUAUCAUAAUCAUAACAGUAAGGUGACCUGUGCACCUUUUAAAGGACUUAUGAUACAGUGCUUUAAAUGUCAAAGUUAUUUUAUUACAUCUUAUUCCUGUUUAUGCAAACCUAUAAAUUAGUUGCUUGCGAAAGACACCAGCUACUGUGGAAUUGUGGUCAUGCAACCCAAUCUGUGGACCAUACAGUAAAGCCACUUCACUGGAGUCUGCGCUUCUUGAACAGAGGAGGAGUUGCGAGUUUAACAUGCAGGAGACUUUCGCAACCAAUAUCCAUAAUAUAGGCUUUUUGGAUUAGAUCGCUUAAAUAUAAAUGUGUCGUUAAACCCGCCACCACCCGACAGCGAAUUAGGUAAGGCUUGUCACGUGAACAACGUGCCAAUUCGUUACUAGUACAGCGCACUGGUGAGUUGGAGAGCACAUCCACAACAUUUACAAAUGAGUACGACGUUUCGCCAGUAAAUUUUCAUAGCGAAACGACUCAACUUUUCACCCCUGUCAUGGCCAGCAGACCUCCACGUUGACAUUUAGCUCCUGGGACGUAAUGGCCAUGACGCAAGGCUAGCUUCCUGGAAUGAUGUCCGUGCCAUUUUCAGUCGUUUAGCCUUAAAACGUAUUCUAAUCCGUCAAUGCGGCUUGUGCAAGAUGCUAUAAACGCUUGAUCAGGGAUCUUAAAAGUGUAACACGUGGCUAAUGUGUUACAUGCGGUUGGUUGGUUGCAUGCUGGGCUCCGUGUGUUCCUCAUGUUUUUCCCCCUAACCACGUUUCGGUUGAAUCAAGUCGGUUUAAAAAUAAAACGAACAUAUUGCAGUGUUAA